AUGGCAACCUUUACUUCCCAUACCCGCUUCCUGCUCCAUCUCCACCGCACCCACCUACACCAUCGCACCUAUCAAUUUCGAAAUGCACCACCAAUCCACCGCACCCAGCACACCUACACUCACACCCCGCGAAAGCCCACACGCCUAAAACUCCCCCCAACCCUCUCCCUCUUCGUCGCCGUCUCGGGACUAAUCUACUAUGCCGCAACCUUCCACAUAUCACCACAACCAAAGACCCUAAACCCCCAAACCUUCACGGCAUACACCCUCGCUUCGAAAACCCCCGUCGCGACGUCCCCGCCCAGUCACACCACCAUAUUCAGCUUGCGGCCAGUGCACCCUCCGGGUCAGCAAUUGCCGUCGACUGAGGGGAUACUGUCGGUGCAGAUCAAGCAGCCGCAGUUACAGAUCGCCAGGUCUUACUCCCCGUUGCCUAGUAACACUGGGGAAGAGGACGAUGGGGCGCUGAGAUUUCUGGUAAAGCUGGAGCCUGGCGGGGAAGUGACGAGGUAUCUUUUCUCACUGGGCGUCGAGGAUAAAGUUUUCCUUCGGGGGCCGACGGUGGAAUACAUUUUCCCGCCGGCGGGGGAAGUAGAUAAGACGCUGUUCAUUGCUGGAGGUACGGGGAUUGCGCCAGCGCUGCAAUUAGCUGCCAACUCGCUCGCGCCCGAGACGGAGAUCUUUUGGGCUGUGCGGAGUAGAGCGGAAACGGGGGGUGCAAUGGCUGAGGAGGUGGGAAGGUUGGUACGGAAGGCCGGGGGUAAGGUUUCUGUGAGGGUUUUUGUGGACGAGGAGGGCGGGAUUGGGGUUCAUGAUGUGGAGAGGGGGAUGGAGGGGGGGAAAGUUGCCGUCGUAGUUUCCGGGCCAGAGGGGUUUAUUAAGUGGGUUGCUGGGGAGAAGGUGUGGAGGGGGGGACGCGAGGAGCAGGGAAAGUUGGGAGGUAUGGUUAGGAAGGUUCUUGAGAAGAGGGGCGGGGAGGUGACGGUUUUUAAACUUUAA